AAAAUUAAAAGAGCAUGAUUGCACGAUAGAUGUUCACCACUUGCUCGUGAAAGCUUAGAUGCAAUUUUAAAAGUGUACAAGUGAAAGAUGUCUUAUAAAAAAAAGUCAGUGGCUGAAAAAAUUGAUAAAAUUUUAUGUGACACAGCUAAGCCCUUUGUAUCAGAUGACGAGGCUGAUGAAACAAAGGCCAAGACUGUCGAUUACGACAGUGAAAGCGAAUUCGACGUCGAAGAUUUUAAAGAUGAAUUCAACAAAUCCAAUCUUCGAAAGCGAAACUCUAAUCUCUUAGAAGAAUACGACAAAAGAUACUCGGCUAAAAAAGUUCCUAAAAUUAAAAUUUUCAAUCAGGAUGAUGAUUCUGAAGACAGUGUUGGCCAACAAGCCAAUGACUCAAACGAUAACAUAUCAGAUGACAAUGAUGAAACUGCAUCGAAUAGUGAGUCUGAAAGAAGUGAAGAAGCCAUUGAUAGUGAUGGUUCGGAGGGUGAACAACAAAUCGAUGGACCAAGUGAUGAAAAACAUAGUACCUCUUCUCAAAGAGGUAGCAGCGAAAGCAGUGAUGAUGAUUAUGACAAAGAAGAAUCUGAUUGUGAUGGUUUGGAUAAAAGUAUUGAUUUGUCCAAUCCUCUUAGAAGGGAUCGAGGAAAAAAACAGAAUAGUAUCAUCACCGUUACAGGUACAAAUUUUAGGGCAGAAAUAGAAAAAGGGAAUGCUGUUAAAAAACAGUUACAGCUUUGGGAAAAUCUUCUGGAGGUGAGAAUUAAGUUUCAAAAGUGUUUAGUAGAUAGCAAUAAAUUUCCACAACACGAUGUUUAUAGUGAAUACAGCAAAAAUAAUCAAUUUACAAAAGAUAAUAAAAUAUUAAGUAGUAAGCUUAGUAACUUGUUGAGUAAUUUGUUGGAUUUGCAAAGCAAACUAUUAAAUCAGUAUCCCGAAACAAAAAGUAUUCUAUCAAAAAAUGAGAGGAGCAAAGCUGAAAAAACAAAGCCUAACAAUGAGAUUGAUUCCAUGGAUGAAGAAAUUCCUUCUGACUUUGAAGAUGGAGAGAAUGAAAGUAAAAAAGGGAGUGAAUCAGAAAGUGAUGAUACAGACGAUGAAGCAUUGUCUGAUAAAGAAGAAGAUGAAGAAGUGGAAGCUGAACCACCAAAAAAAAAGAUAAAAUUUCAUAGAUUUGAGGGGAUUAUUGCUAAGAAUCACAAAACUUAUAAGGAAUACAGAAACUCUGUCAUACAAAAGUGGAAUGAUAAGGUACGGAUAGCAACAGGUGCAGUAUCCAAAGGUUCAAAUCAGUCUGCUCUUCAACAAAUCGAAUUUGUCUUAGCCAAUAAAGAUAAGUUGAAAAAGAAGACGCAGCUGAAGCGCUCAGAAUAUGAUAUAGUAGGUAAAACUGCAUGUGUCCAGGAGAACGACGAUGGGCGACGUGUGCAAGAGUACGACAGUGAGAUAUUCGAUGAUGACGAUUUCUAUCAUCAGCUUCUAAAAGAGCUUAUCGAAUUUAAAUCAAUUGAUAUUCAAGAUCCGCUCAAAUUGAGCCAACAGUGGGUCCAAUUACAGAACAUGCGAAGCAAGAUGAAACGAAAAAUUGACACAAAAGCGACAAAAGGCCGCAGACUGCGUUACAACGUUCAUCAGAAACUAGUAAAUUUUAUGGCACCGAUUACGGUAAACGAUACUUGGACGAAUCAUGCCAAAAAUGAACUUUACAGUUCCCUAUUUGGCAAAGUAAAACCUGCAAGUUAAGAGAGAAAAGUAAUAUUGCCAAAUACUUUGCUGUUGUUUUUUGUCAUUGAAAUGUCUCGAAUUUUGAUGAUGAUAUGUAAAUAUAUUUCAUAAGAAUAAACAUAUAAAUUUUUUCAAUUA